GUUUCUUUCACUCAAAUGGUCAAGCCUUCUCUCUCUCUCUCUCUCUCUCUCUCUCUCUUACGGACACAUCUCCAGGUGACGUGGCCUAUUCUCUAUCUCUAAGAAACUAUCUCUGCACUUUUCCCCUCCAGUCUUCCACUUUACUCUCCACACCUUCCACGUCUCCACCUCGUCUAACCUGCGCCGCGAGGCGCAUUGCUCCCACCCCCGUACCCAACCCAAUUCCCCAUCGUCAACUUGCGAGCCCUUCCAUGCCCCAAUCGAUCGUCUCUCCUGGUCCCCCUCCACCCCCGGCCCACGUUAGCCCCCACCCACUGGAAAAUAUCAUCAAAUGCCGAAAGGCCGAUGCCGGAAGACGCAGUAGGCUUGGUCCUCACUCUCCCCGUGCACCGUUUGCGGGAGUAUUCCGCGUGUGAUAGCGUGCGCCUGUCGCUGCUGUCCAAAUCCGGCCCUUGAUUCCCCCUCUCCCGGUCCUGAUCGAACACUAACCUCGUUCGACGGCGUUCUGAGACGCUUCGUUGUGCGCUGGCCGUCUAUGGGUAAGGAUAACGUGCGCACAACAUGAUUGUGUCACUUCACCUAUCUCUGCGACGUUAGGUUUAUGGGGCGACGACUCUGUACGGACGCCCGGAACGAUUCUGAUCUUCUCAUAGAGGUGGAGCCCCUGAUUGGAACGCUGACCCUGGAAGGCGAAGUGCUAACCCUAAUUUCGCAAGCCUUGAAGUGUGCGGAGGCGAGAGCUUUCAUGGAAGCUCUUUAGUUGUCUUCUGGAUAGUCCCUUGUUUUCAUUGGUCAGGAAGAUGAAUCUUUAAAACCCUAAUCCUAAUUUUGUUGGUCUGUGCUUUGUUGAGCUGUGAUGGAGAAGUUUGAGGAGAUUGGUGUGGGCAAGGAUGGUGGGGGCGGUGGUGCGGCUAAUACUGGUAAGAACAGCGAUGGGUUUAUAGAUCGUAGCAAAGUAAGGAUUCUGCUUUGCGACAACGAUGCAAAGAGCUUGGAAGAAGUUUUCACACUCCUAUGCAAAUGUUCUUACCAAGUAACUGCAGUGAGAUCAGCAAGACAGGUAAUUGAUGCACUCAAUGCUGAGGGACCUGAUAUUGAUAUUAUACUGGCGGAAGUUGAUCUUCCAAUGGCCAAAGGUAUGAAGAUGUUGAAGUACAUUAUGCGGGAUAAUGAUUUGCGGCGCAUUCCUGUGAUCAUGAUGUCGGCUCAGGACGAGGUUUCUGUCGUUGUGAAGUGCCUGAGACUUGGAGCAGCUGACUAUCUUGUGAAGCCGUUGCGUACUAAUGAGCUAUUAAACUUGUGGAUUCACAUGUGGAGAAGGCGACACAUGCUCGGACUGGCAGAGAAAAACAUCUUGAAUUAUGACUUCGAUCUGGUGGCAUCAGACCCUAGCGAUGCUAAUACGAACAGUACUACCUUGUUCUCAGACGACACAGAUGACAAGUCCAGGAGAAGCACCAAUCCAGAGAUGGGCAUGUCAAUGCAUCAGGAGGAUGAGUCUAAUGAUGCUGCUGCUGCUGCUGCUGCUGCCGCCACUGCCACUGAUGCAAUUGCUGCCACCACUGUUGCCACUGCUGUGGAGCAUACACGGAAAGAUUCAUCAAAAUAUCGGCCAGAUGUGCCUGGAAUAACUGAUCGCCGAACAGGCCAAUUUCCAUCGGGUCCAAAGAAGAGUGAACUAAAGGUUGGCGAGUCUUCUGCAUUUUUCACUUAUGUCAAAUCAAGCAUAAUAAAAAACAGCUCCCCUGGGAUUGCUCCUCUGGAUGAAAAUGCUGCUCAACAAAUUAUGAUGGAUGAGAGCCUUCAUGCAUGGGGUGAGCAGGUAUCUAACGCCAAUGGACGUGAAAAUGGAGAGUAUUCACAAGGAGAUAAUUUCCCUAGCAAUAACAGUGUUCCUGAUUCUUCUCUAGAAAGAUCCUGUACUCCCCCUUUGGGGUUAGAAUUUCCACAAGGAAGGAACUUGAAAGAAGUGGAGUCCUCUCAGAUGUGGAUACAUCCAAGAAAUGAGCCUCAAAUUGAUGUUUCAGGUUUUCAAACUCAGUCUGCUUAUCCAUAUUAUAUUCCAGGUGUAAUGAAUCAGGUUAUGAUGCCAUCAUCAUCACAACUGUAUCAAAAGAACUUGCAUGACCUGCCAAAUCAUGCAACUCCUGCCAUGCUGUCUCAGUACAAUCAUCUAUCUCAGUGUCACCAAGCACCUGGGAUGGCAUCAUUUCCCUAUUACCCAGUAGGUUUAUGCUUACAACCAGGUCAAAUGUCUAGUUCACACCCAUGGCCUUCAUUUGGAGGUUCAUCUUCGACCGAAGUGAAAUUGGGUAAAGUUGAUAGAAGAGAGGCAGCUCUGAUCAAGUUUAGACAGAAGCGGAAGGAGCGUUGUUUUGACAAGAAAAUUAGAUAUGUCAACCGUAAGAGACUUGCUGAAAGGAGGCCCCGAGUGCGGGGACAGUUUGUGCGGAAGGUGAAUGGGAUAAAUGUGGACCUUAAUGGACAUCCAGCUUCUGUUGAUUUUGAUGAGGACGAAGAGGAGGAGGAUGAGGGCGCAUCUAGGGAUUCUUCUCCUGAGGAAGAUGGUUCAGGAUGUUUGAGUUGAGGUGGCAGUCAUCGAGAAGGUUCAGUUUUUCUCUUGCAGUUGCAUAGAUCUUCCAAUCGAGGUUCCCUGCAACUGUUCCCGGUGCUGAAAUGUCAUGCUUAUUGGAGGAAGAAAGUGAUAGUUCAUAUAACACAAGAGCACCAUGUACCAGUUGAAGGGCAGAUCUGGGAGAACUCCAUCGUUUGGAUGCUCAAUUCAACUUUGGUUUGCCUCAAAUGGAGGAUGAUGGAUCAGAGGGCAAACUGUACACAGCUGUUCAAUUCUAUGUUGCAUUCUAGUGCCAUGAAAGGAAAAUCAGGCACAAACAUUUUUAUUUAUUAAGCUGAUUAACGUUGAAAUGAGUCCCAACUGUUCAAACUAUGAUCAUAUACUUUUUGUCCA